GUUAAAAAGAAGCCAUAAAAUGAAUAGUGUUGGAGAGGAAUGUAUUGAUCUGAAGCAAACUUAUGAUAGCUGUUUUAACAAGUGGUUUGCUGAAAAAUUUUUGAAAGGCUUGGCUGAAGAGGACAAAGAUUGCAGUAAUAUAUUCACUGCUUACCAAUCCUGUGUUAAGAGGGCACUUAAAUUACAGAACAUAAGUAUAGCAGAAGUGGAGAAAGAUGUACUGGGGACUUCAGAAGAAAACAAACCGCCCAACAGCAGCUAAUUGUAUCACCAUGUAAAAACAGUUGUUUUAUUUGUAAAUAUAUGUACUACAAAUAAUUACUAAAGUCUUUGA